CAAUGUCGCUGUUGCGCCGAGCCCCGCUCCUGCCCCUGCCCUUGUGCUCACUGUUCUGCAGACAUGGCGGCCCACUGGGGAGUCAUGCCUGCGCUCCGCCGGCUCCUGAUCAGGGUCCCUGGGCAGCCCGUUCGCCUGUGCUCCUCCGGGAAGUUGGAUGCGGAGCCGCCCCGGCGGCAGGAGGAGUGUAGUGCAGCGGCCGGAGGGAACAUGGGGAGAGAAGCCAAGGGGCUGCUUAUGGAGUUUCCGGAGCCAAAGUCCCUACUGCACUGCGUCAUCUCGCGAGCCCUAAGGACCCCCCACACCAAAGACAAACUGGUUUAUAUCCACAGGAGCAGCAGCGGCGCCAGGGAGAAGAAAGUGACGCUGAGGCUAAAAUGGCCCAAACACAUGGAAAUUGAGGCCUCGGGACCAAAGAAGGUCGACGCGGAGCGGCAGGCAGCUGCUAAGGCCUGUAAGAUAUUCCAGAACCUUGGCUUGCUGGGCCCCAGUAAUGAGCUCUUCAAGCACAGUAAAUACAAGGAGCUGGCCGGCCAGUUUCCUGUGUGGGGGGUCACGGAGCAGCACGAGGAGCAGAGCUGGAGGGACCCACAGGAAUAUAUCUGGGAGCAGAGAGAUGGUAGUCAGAGGGAACCAGAAUACAGAACAGAAGAGUCUGUCCCCAGAACGCGGAGAAAGGCCAGCCGGGAGUCCAGGUCUCUUUCCAUAGAUUUGGCUGAAGACGCUGAUGCCUUACAAGCUUUGGGUCAGUUCUCUCAACCCAAAAGUUUGCUGGCCACAGUGGUUCAGAGAGCCACAUCCUCCUCCAGUCCCAGGGGCCAUGUCCAUUACCAGUGUGAGGGGGGACGGAUCAAGUCCUGCCAUCUGACCCUGAAUUGGCCGGAGACUUUAACGUUUGUGGCCCAAGGGAGGCGCCGGACAGAGGCAGAGACUAAAGCAGCCGCACUGGCUUGUCAGAAACUAAAGGCUCUGGGGCUGCUCGAUACAAACAACAAGCCACUCUCCCAUGCCAUGUACCACCAGCCGUACGUGCAGCAGCACCGAGAGCAGCAGAGGCAAGCGAAGAGGUUCCAUGUUCCUGAACCCGUGCUGCAGAGGAUAGAGGAUUAUCUGUACCAGUAUCCAUUAGAACCCCCUUAUCCAUCCGACCAGACAGAGGCAUAUGUAGAGGCAGAUAUGGAAUACGCACCUGAUAUGGAGGAGGCUUCUGGGAGCAUCAAUGACGCCAUCACUGGCAGGAAGUUCCGCCCACUCUCUCUGCAGGAAACGGAGCGGAUCAGCUGCUCCCUGCGGGAUCUCUGGAGAUCGAGGCAGCAGCAGGAGGUUGCAUUGAUGAGUCUUCCAGUAGACGGGCAGCGCGAGUCCAUUGUGUCGGCCAUUGAGCGCCACCCUGUGGUGGUUAUUGCGGGGGACACUGGCUGUGGAAAGACCACCCGCAUCCCUCAGUUUAUCCUGGAGGACGCCAUUCUCCGUGGGCAAGGUGCAGACUGUAACAUGUUAAUCACCCAGCCCCGGCGGAUCAGCGCUGUGUCUGUCGCUCACCGCGUCGGCCAUGAGCUGGGCCCCACGCUGCGCAGGAAUGUGGGCUACCAGGUCAGGCUGGAGAGCAUGCUGCCUCCCCGCGGAGGGGCUCUCCUAUUCUGCACUGUUGGGGUCCUGCUGAAGAAACUGCAGGGCAACCCCACUCUGGAGGGUGUGAGUCACAUACUGGUGGAUGAGGUGCACGAGCGAGACGUCAACACAGACUUCCUCCUCAUUCUCCUGAAAAUGGUGCAGCAGCAGAACCCCAAGCUCAAGGUGGUGCUAAUGAGCGCCACUGGGGACAAUGAGCGCAUAUCCAGGUACUUCGGGGGCUGCCCUAUCAUACGGGUGCCGGGAUUUAUGUAUCCCGUGAAGGAGCAUUAUUUGGAGGACGUUGCGGCCAUGUUGGGCACAAGCGCUGAUCAGCUCACUCCGGCUGACAUGGAGGAAUGCGUGCCAGACUUGGAUCUGAUCAGCAGUGCCAUCCUUCAUAUUGCUGACAAUGGGCCGCCAGGUGGGAUUCUCUGUUUCCUUCCCGGCUGGCAGGAAAUCCGGGGGGUGCAGCAGAGACUAGAGGAGAAGCAGCAGUGGGCAAAGGAGAAUUUCCUUAUUUUACCAGUUCACUCCAACAUUCCCAUGAUGGACCAGCAGAGCAUCUUCCAGCGCCCGCCCCAGGGAGUCCGGAAGAUUGUCCUGGCCACCAACAUCGCCGAGACGUCUGUUACCAUCGAUGACAUUGUGCACGUGGUGGACAGCGGGAUGCAGAAGGAGCAGCGCUAUGACCUCAGGACCAAGGUUUCCUGCUUGGAGACAUCUUGGGUCUCCAAGUCCAAUGUCACCCAGAGACGUGGGCGAGCAGGGCGCUGCCAGCCGGGUUUUUCCUACCACCUCUUUACUCGUGAGCAACACAAAGCAAUGGCCACCUUCCAGGUGCCCGAGAUCCUGCGCACCCCACUGGAGAACCUGGUACUGCAGGCCAAGGUCCAUGUGCCGGAGAUGACGGCAGUGGAGUUCCUAUCUCAAGCCUUGGAAAGUCCGGAAUCGCAGGCAAUAACUGAUGCAGUGCAACUCCUGCAGGAAAUCAGGGUGCUGGAUAGUGAGGAGCAGCUGACAUUACUGGGUCAUAGAGUUUCCAACAUCUCCACUGAUCCCAAGCUGGCCAAAGCCAUCGUCCUGGCCUCCAUCUUCCGCUGCCUUCAUCCCAUGCUGGUUAUUGUUGCCUGCCUGACCAGGGACCCGUUCCAGGGGGGGCUGCAGAACAGAGCGCAGGUCAACAGAGCCAAGAAGGCCCUGAGUGCCGAGACCCGCAGUGACCACCUGGCGUAUGUGCGAGCCUUGCAGGGCUGGGAAGAGGUGCUGAGCCGGCGAAACGGCACGGCCAGGGAGAACUUUCUAGAGACCUACUCGCUCUCCCCCGGGGCCCUGCGCUUCAUCCAAGGUCUGGUCACACAGUUUUCCUCCAACGUGUACGAUGCCUUCCUGGUGUCUGAAGCAUCUGAGUGCAGAGAUGGCUACUCCCUGUGCAACCAGUUUAGCCACGAGGAGGAGCUGCUGAAGGCCGUGCUGCUGGCCGGUCUCUACCCAAACCUGGUCCAGGUCAGGCGCGGAUUUGUGAGCAAAGGGAAAUUCAAGCCCAACAGCCUCCUGUAUAAGACCAGGGAAGGGCCCGUUCUCCUUCACAGGACGACCAUUAACAGGGAUGAGAAGCACCUCCCCAGCCCCUGGCUCACUUACUUCCUGGCAGUCAAGUCCGGCGGCAGUGUCUUUGUGCGCGACAGUUCCAUGGUGCACCCCUUGGCCGUGCUGCUAUUGGCUGACAGCUCUGUCAACCUGAUAGAUCGGGGCCAGCAGCUGUUGGUCAGCCUGUGUGACUGUGACCUCCUGAAACUGGAAAGUGACCGCCGCACUAUUGCGCUGCUGAACGAUUUGCGCCUGGCCCUGUCGCGCAUGGUGAAGCGGAGCCUGAGCCAAGAGCUGCCGGACUUCCCUGCCCACGUACAAGAGGAGCACGAGCAGCUGCUCUCCAUAUUGGUGCAACUCCUGAACAGCACCGCCACCAGCUUUGGGGACAGAGCAGAGCCCCUCCUUGAGGAAUGAUUUGCACUCACGGUUCCCACUACUGCAAUAUGUACACUCUCAGGCUGUUACCCAGCCAUUUGCCCCUGGGGCAGAGCAGUGAAGUCCUAUUUGGCACUUAAGCAACAAAAUAAAGUAUGGAAGCCUCUGGCAAUUGCUGGACUAGAACCCCCGGCAUCUACCAACAAGUGCUGGGAAUUGUAGUUCUGCAACAGCUGGGAAGCUGAAGGUUGCAGUAGAUUCUGGAAUUCUGUAUAGUUAUAUUCUGAGCUCUUUCUCCCUGGGUGGAGAGAUGACGUUACUGCAAUGGCAGAACCUUCUGACAAAGGAUAUUUAUUUUAAUAUAUUGCCCAUUGGUACAGUCUGUUAGGGGGGGUCACCCUCUAUUUGGCCAGUGAUACGGACUGUUGGGGGGAGUGACCCUUCUCCUGCUGAAAGCACUGUUAUUGUUUGUACAGAGAGAUAUAUAUAAAACUAGUUACUUUGUUAAUUAAACACUGUGGAUAAAGUA